AUGCAUGCUUGUGUCCGGACGCACCCCGCCCCAUUCUCCCGCUUUCCAUCACCCCGCCCCAUUCUCCCGCUUUCCAUCACUCCGCCCCAUUCUCCCGCAUUCCAUCACCCCGCCCCAUUCUCCCUCUUUCCAUCACCCCGCCCCAUUCUCCCUCUUUUCAUCACCCGCCCCUUUCUCCAUCUUUCCAUCACCCCACCCCAUUCUCCCUCUUUCCAUCACCCUGCCCCAUUCUCCCGCUUUCCAUCACCCCACCCCAUUCUCCCGCUUUCCAUCACCCCGCCCAAUUCCCCCUCUUUCCAUCAGCCCGCCCCAUUCUCCCGCUUUCUAUCACCCCGCCCCAUUCUCCCUAUUUUGAUCACCCCGCCCCAUUCUCCCGCUUUCCAUCACCCCGCCCCAUUCUCCCGUUUUCCAUCACCCCGCCCCAUUCUCCUGCUUUCCAUCACCCCGCCCUAUUCUCCCGCUUUCCAUCACCCCGCCUCAUUCUCCCGCUUUCGAUCACCCCGUCCCAUUCUCCCUCUUUUCAUCACCCCGCCCCAUUCUCCCACUUUCCACCACCCCGCCCCGUUCUCCCGCUUUCCAUCACCCUGGCCCAAUCUCCCUAUUUCCAUCACCCCGCUCCAUUCUCCCACUUUCCAUCACCCCGCCCCAUUCUCCCACUUUCCGUCACCCCGCCCCAUUCUCCCGCUUUCCAUCACCCCGCCACAUUCUCCCUCUUUCCAUCACCCCGCCCCAGUCUCCCUCUUUCCAUCACCCCGCCCCAUUCUCCCUAUUUCCAUCACCCUGCCCCAUGCUCCCUCUUUCCAUCACCCCGCCCCAUCCUCCCUAUUUCCAUCACCCCGCCCCAUUCUUCCGCUUUCCAUCACCCCGCCCCAUUCUCCAGCUUACCAUCACCCCGCCCCAUUCUCCCGCUUUCCAUCACCCCGCCCCAUUCUCCAGCUUUCCAUCACCCCGCCCCAUUCUCCCGCUUUCCAUCAACCCGCCCAAUUCUCCCGCUUUCCAUCACCCCGCCCCAUUCUCCCGCUUUCCAUCACCUCGCCCCAUUCUCCCGCUUUUCAUCACCCCGCCCCAUUCUCCUGCUUUCCAUCACCCCGGCCCAUUCUCACUCUUUCCAUCACCCCUCCCCAUUCUCCCUCUUUCCAUCACCCCGCCCAAUUCUCCCUCUUUCCAUCACCCCUCCCCAUUCUCCCUCUUUCCAUCACCCCGCCCCAUGCUCCCUCUUUCCAUCACCCCGCCCCAUCCUCCCUAUUUCCAUCACCCCGCCCCAUUCUCCCGCUUUCCAUCACCCCGCCCCAUUCUCCCGCUUUCGAUCACCCCGCCCCAUUCUUCCGCUUUCCAUCACCCCGCCCCAUUCACCCCGCCCCAUUCUCCCUCUUUCCAUCAACCCGCCCCAUUCUCCCGCUUUUCUUCACCCCGCCCCAUUCUCCCUCUUUCCAUCACCCCACCCCAUUCUUCCGCUUUUCAUCACCCUUCCCCAUUCUCCCACUUUCCUUCACCCCGCCCCAUUCCCCCUCUUUCCAUCAGCCCGCCCCAUUCUCCCGCUUUUCUUCACCCCGCCCCAUUCUUCCGCUUUUCAUCACCCCGCCCCAUUCUCCCGCUUUCCAUCACCCCGCCCCAUUCUCCCGCUUUCCAUCACCCCGCCCCAUUCUCCCUCUUUCCAUCACCCUGCCCCAUUCUCCCUCUUUCCAUCACCCCACCCUAUUCUCCCUCUUUCCAUCACCCCGCCACACUCUCCCGCUUUCCAUCACCCCUCCCCUUUCUCCCGCGUUCCAUCACCCCGCCCCAUUCUCCCGCUUUCCAUCACCCCGCCCCAUUCUCCCGCUUUCCAUCACCCCGCCCUAUUCUCCCGCUUUCCACCACCCUGCCCCAUUCUCCCGCUUUCCAUCACCCUGCCCCAUUCUCCCGCUUUCCAUCACCCCGCCCCAUUCUCCCGCUUUCCAUCACCCCGCCCCAUUCUCCCGCUUUCCAUCACCCCGCCCCAUUUUCAAGCUUUCCAUCACCCCGCCCCAUUCUCCUGCUUUCCAUCACCCCGCCCCAUUCUCCCGCUUUCCAUCACCUCGCCCCAUUCUCCCGCUCUUCAUCACCCCGCCCCAUUCUCCUGCUUUCCAUCACCCCGGCCCAUUCUCACUCUUUCCAUCACCCCUCCCCAUUCUCCCUCUUUCCAUCACCCCGCCCAAUUCUCCCUCUUUCCAUCACCCCUUCCCAUUCUCCCUCUUUCCAUCACCCCGCCCCAUUCUCCCUCUUUCCAUCACCCCGCCCCAUUCUCCCGCCUUUCAUCACCCCGCCCUAUUCUCCCGCUUUCCAUCACCCCGCCCAAUUCUCCCGCUUUCCAUCACCCCGCCCCAUUCUCCCGCCUUCCAUCACCCCACCCCAUUCUCCCUCUUUCAAUCACCCCGCCCCAUUAUCCUGCUUUCCAUCACCCCGCCCCAUUCUCCCUCUAUCCAUCACCCCGCCCAAUUCUCCCACUUUCCAUCACCCCGUCCCAUUCUCCCGUUUUCCAUCACCCUGCCCCAUUCUCUUGCUUUCCAUCACCCCGCCUUAUUCUCCCGCUUUCCAUCACCCCGCCCCAUUCUCCCGAUUUCCAUCACCCCGCCCCAUUCUCCCGCUUUCCAUCACCUCGCCCCAUUCUCCCGCUUUCCAUCACCCCGCCCCAUUCUCCUGCUUUCGAUGACCCCGCCCCAUUCUCCCGCUUUCCAUCACCCCGCCCCAUUCUCCCGCUUUCCAACACCCCGCCUCGUUCUCCCGCUUUCCAUCACCCCGCCCCAUUCUCACUCUUUCCAUCACCCCUCCCCAUUCUCCCUCUUUCCAUCACCCCGCCCCAUUCCCCCGCCUUCCAUCACCCCACCCCAUUCUCCAUCUUUCCAUCACCCUACCCAAUUCUCCCGCUUUCCAUCACCCCGCCCCAUUCUCCCUCCUUCCAUCACCCCGCCCCAUUAUCCCGCUUUCCAUCACCCCGCCCAUUCUCCCUCUAUCCAUCACCCCGCCCAAUUCUCCCACUUUCCACCACCCCUUCCCAUCCUCCCGUUUUCCAUCACCCUGCCCCAUUCUCCCGCUUUCCAUCACCCCGCCCCAUUGUCUCAAUUUCCAUCACCCCGCCCCAUUCUCCCGCUUUCCAUGACCCCGCCCCAUUCUCCCGCUUUCCAUCACCCCGCCCCAUUCUCCCGCUUUCCAACACCCCGCCUCAUUCUCCCACUUUCCAUCACCCCGCCCCAUUCUCACUCUUUCCAUCACCCCUCCCCAUUCUCCCUCUUUCCAUCAUCCCGCCCCAUUCUCCUGCUUUCUAUCACCCCGCCCCAUUCUCCCUCUUUCCAUCACCCCGCCCCAUUCUCCCGCUUUCCAUCACCCCGCCCCAUUCUCCCGAUUUCCAUCACCCCGCCCCAUUCUCCCGCUUUCCAUCACCUCGCCCCAUUCUCCCGCUCUCCAUCACCCCGCCCCAUUCUCCUGCUUUCUAUCACCCCGCCCCAUUCUCCCUCUUUCCAUCACCCCGCCCCAUUCUCCCGCUUUCCAUCACCCCGCCCCAUUCUCCCGAUUUCCAUCACCCCGCCCCAUUCUCCCGCUUUCCAUCACCUCGCCCCAUUCUCCCGCUUUCCAUCACCCCGCCCCAUUCUCCCACUUUCCAUCACCCCGCCUCAUUCUCCCUCUUUCCAUCACCCCGCCCCAUUCUCCCGCUUUCCAUCACCCCGCCCCAUUUUCCCUCUUUCCAUCACCCCGCCCCAUUCUCACGCUUUUUAUCACCCCGCCCCAUUCUCCCUCUUCCCAUCACCCCGCCCCAUUCUCCCGCCUUUCAUCACCCCGCCCCAUUCUCCCGCUUUCCAUCACCCCGCCCAAUUCUCCCGCUUCCCAUCACCCCGCCCCUUUCUCUUGCCUUCCAUCACCCCGCCCCAUUCUCCCUCUUUCCAUCACCCCGCCCCAUUCUCCCGCUUUCCAUCACCCCGCCCCAUUCUAACGCUUUCCAUCACCCCGCCCCAUUCUCCCGCUUUCCAUCACCCCACCCCAUUCUCCCGCUUUCCAUCACCCCGCCCCAUUCUCCCGGUUUCCAUCACCCCGGCCCAUUUUCCCGCUUUCCAUCACCCCGCCCCAUUCUCCCGCUUUCCAUCACCCCGCCCCAUUCUCCCGCUUUCCAUCACCCCGACCCGUUCUCUCACUUUCCAUCACCCCGCCCCAUUCUCCCGCUUUCCAUCACCCCGCCCGCUCCAUUCUCCCGCUUUCCAUCCCCCCGCCCAAUUCUCCCUCUUUCCAUCACCCCUCCCCAUUCUCCCUCUUUCCAUCACCCUGCCCCAUUCUCCCUCUUUCCAUCACCCCGCCCCAUUCUCCCGCCUUUCAUCACCCCGCCCUAUUCUCCCGCUUUCCAUCACCCCGCCCAAUUCUCCCGCUUUCCAUCACCCCGCCCCAUUCUCCCGCUUUCCAUCACCCCGCCCCAUUCUCCCUCUUUCCAUCACCCCGCCCCAUUCUCUCGCUUUCCAUCACCCCGCCCCAUUCUCCCUCUUUCCAUCACCCCGGCCCAUUCUCCCUCUUUCCAUCACCCCGCCCCAUUCUCCCACUUUCUAUCACCCCGCGCCAUUUUCCCUCUUUCCAUCACCCCGCCCCAUUCUCCCGCUUUCCAUCACCCUGCCCCAUUCUCUCGCUUUCCAUCAUCCCGCUCCAUUGUCCCGCUUUCCAUCACCCCGCCCAAUUCUCCCUCUUUCCAUCACCACUCCCUAUUCUCCUUUUUUCCAUCACCCCGCCCCAUUCUCCCGCUUUCCAUCACCCCGCCCCAUUCUCCCACUUUCCAUCACCCCGCCCCAUUCUCCCUCUUUCCAUCACCCUGCCCCAUUCUCCCGCUUUCCAUCACCUCGACCAAUUCUCCCGCUUUCCAUCACCCCGCCCCAUUCUCCCUCUUUCCAUCACCCUGCCCCAUUCUCCCUCUAUCCAUCACCCCACCCAAUUCUCCCGCUUUCCAUCACCCCGUCCCAUUCUCCCGCUUUCCAUCACCCCGCCCCAUUCUUUUGCGUUCCAUCACCCCACCCCAUCCUCCCCUCUUUCCAUCACCCCGCCCCAUUGUCCCGAUUUCUAUCACCCCGCCCCAUUCUCCCUUUUUCCAUCACCCCGCCCCAUUCUCCCGCUUUCCAUCACCCCGCCCCCCCCGCCCCAUUCUCCCGCUUUCCAUCACCCCGCCCCAUUCUCCCUCUUUCCAUCACCCCGCCCCAUUCUCCCGCUUUCCAUCACCCCGCCCCAUUCUCCUGCUUUCCAUCACCCCGCCCCAUUCUCCCUCUUCCCAUCACCCCGCCCUAUUCUCUCGCUUUCGAUCACCCCGCCCCAUUCUCCCGCUUUUCAUCACCCCGCCCCAUUCUCCCGCUUUCCAUCAUCCCGUCCCAUUCUCCCUCUUUCCAUCACCCCGCCCCAUUCUUCCUCUUUCCAUCUCCCCGCCCCAUUAUCCCUCUUUCCAUCACCCCGCCCCAUUCUCCCGCUUUCCAUCACCCCGCCCCAUUCUCCCACUUUCCAUCACCCCGCCCCAUUCUCCAUCUUUACAUCACCCCGCCCCACUCUCCCGCCUUCCAUCACCCCACCCCAUUCUCCAUCUUUCCAUCACCCUGCCCAAUUCUCCCGCCUUCCAUCACCCCACCCCAUUCUCCCGUCUUCCAUCACCCCGCCCCAUUCUCCCGCUUUCCAUCACCCCGCCCCAUUCUUUUGCAUUUCAUCACCCCACCCCAUCCUCCCCUCUUUCCAUCACCCCGCCCCAUUCUCCCGAUUUCUAUCACCCCGCCCCAUUCUCCCUUUUUCCAUCACCCCGCCCCAUUCUUCCGCUUUCCAUCACCCCGCCCCGUUCUCCCUCUUUCCAUCACCCCGCCCCAUUCUCCCUCUUUCCAUCACCCCGCCCCAUUCUCCCGCUUUCCAUCACCCUGCCCCAUUCUCCCUCUUUUCAUAGCCCCGCCCCAUUCUCCCGCUUUCCAUCACCCCGCCCCAUUCUCCCGCUUUCCAUCACCCCGCCCCAUUCUCCUGCUUUCCAUCACCCCGUCCCAUUCUCCCUCUUCCCAUCACCCCGCCCUAUUCUCCCUCUUUCCAUCACCCCGCCCCAUUCUCCCUCUUUCCAUCACCCCGCCCCAUUCUCCCUCUUUCCAUAACCCCGCCCCAUUCUCCCGCUUCCCAUCGGCCCACCCCAUUCUCCCUCUUUCCAUCACCCCGCCCCGUUCUCCUGCUUUCCAUCACCCCGCCCCAUUCUCCCGCUUUCCAUCACCUCGCCCCAUACUUUGGCUUCCCAUCAUCCCGCCCCAUUCCCCCGCUUUCCAUCACCCCUCCCAAUUCUCCCUCCUUCCAUCACCCCCGCCCAUUCUCCCCCUUUCCAUCACCCGCCCCAUUCUCCCGCUUUCCAUCACCUCGCCCCAUUCUCCCCGCUUUCCAACACCCCGCCCCAUUCUCCCCCUUUCCAUCACCCCGCCCCAUUCUCCCGCUUUCCAUCACCCUGCCCCAAUCUCCCGCUUUCCAUCACCCCACCCCAUUCUCCCUCCUUCCAUCACCACGCCCCAUUCUCCCACUUUCCAUCACCCCGCCCCAUUCUCCCACUUUCCAUCACCCAGCCCCAUUCUUCCGCUUUCCAUCACCCCGCCCCAUUCUCCCUCUUUCCAUCACCCCGCCCCAUUCUCCCUCCUUCCAUCACCCCGCCCUAUUCUCCCACUUUCCAUCACCGAGCCCCAUUCUCCCGCUUUCCAUCACCCCGCCCCAUUCUCCCGCUUUCCAUCACCCCGCCCCAUUCUCCCACUUUCCAUCACCCCGCCCCAUUCUCCCUCUCUCCAUCACCCCGCCCCAUUCUCCCGCUUUCUAUCACCCUGCCCCAUUCUCCCUCUUUUCAUAGCCCCGCCCCAUUCUCCCGCUUUCCAUCACCCCGCCCCAUUCUCCCUCUUUCCAUCACCCCACCCCGUUCUCCCGCUUUCCAUCACCCCGCCCCAUUCUCCCGCUUUCCAUCACCCCGCCCCAUUCUCCUGCUUUCCAUCACCCCGCCCCAUUCUCCCUCUUCCCAUCACCCCGCCCUAUUCUCCCUCUUUCCAUCACCACGCCCCAUUCUCCCACUUUCCAUCACCCCGCCCCAUUCUCCCACUUUCCAUCACCCAGCCCCAUUCUCCCGCUUUCCAUCACCCCGCCCCAUUCUCCCGCUUUCCAUCACCCCGCCCCAUUCUCCCUCCUUCCAUCACCCCGCCCCAUUCUCCCACUUUCCAUCACCGAGCCCCAUUCUCCCGCUUUCCAUCACCCCGCCCCAUUCUCCCGCUUUCCAUCACCCCGCCCCAUUCUCCCUCCUUCCAUCACCCCGCCCCAUUCUCCCUCUUUCCAUCACCCCGCCCCAUUCUCCCGCUUUCCAUCACCCUGCCCCAUUCUCCCUCUUUUCAUAGCCCCGCCUCAUUCUCCCGCUUUCCAUCACCCCGCCCCAUUCUCCCUCUUUCCAUCACCCCACCCCGUUCUCCCGCUUUCCAUCACCCCGCCCCAUUCUCCCGCUUUCCAUCACCCCGCCCCAUUCUCCUGCUUUCCAUCACCCCGCCCCAUUCUCCCUCUUCCCAUCACCCCGCCCUAUUCUCCCUCUUUCCAUCACUCCGCCCCAUUCUCCUGCUUUCCAUCACCCCGCCCCAUUCUUCCGCUUUCCAUCACCCCGCCCCAUUGACCCUCUUUCCAUCACCCCGCCCCAUUCUCCCUCUUUCCAUCACCGUGCCCCAUUCUUCUGCUUUUCAUCACCCCGCCCCAUUCUUUCUCUUUCCAUCACCCCGCCCCAUUCUUCCGCUUUUCAUCACCCCGCCCCAUUCUCCCUCUUUCCAUCACCCCGCCCCAUUCCCCCUCUUUCCAUCAGCCCGCCCCUUUCUCCCGCUUUCCACCACCCUGCCCCAUUCUCCCGCUCUCCAUCACCCUGCCCCACUCUCCCGCUUUCCAUCACCCUGCCCCAUUCUCCCGCUUUCCAUCACCCCGUUAUAUUCUUCCUCUUUCCAUCACCCCGCCCCAUUCUCCCGCUUUCCAUCACCCCGCCCCAUUCUCCUGCUUUCCAUCACCCCGCCCCAUUCUCCCGCUUUCCAUCACUCCGCCCCAUUCUCCCGCUUUCCAUCACCCCGCCCCAUUCUCCUGCAUUCCAUCACCUCGCCCCAUUCUCCCGCUUUCCAUCACCCCGCCCCAUUCUCCCGCUUUCCAUCACCCCGCCCCAUUCUCCCGCUUUCCAUCACCCCGCCCCAUUCUCCCGCUUUCCAUCACCCUGCCCCAUUCUCCCUCUUUCCAUCACCCCGCCCCAUUCUCCCUCUUUCCAUCACCCCGCCCCAUUCUCCUGCUUUCCAUCACCCCGCCCCGUUCUCCCACUUUCCAUCGCCCUGCCCCUUUCUCCCGCGUUCCAUCACCCCGCCCCAUUCUCCCGCUUUCCAUCACUCCGCCCCAUUCUCCCGCUUUCCAUCACCCCGCCCCAUUCUCCCGCUUUCCACCACCCUGCCCCAUUCUCCCGCUUUCCAUCACCCUGCCCCAUUCUCCCGCUUUCCAUCACCCCGCCCCAUUCUCCCGCUUUCCAUCACCCCGCCCCAUUCUCCCGCUUUCCAUCACCCCGCUCCAUUCUCCCGCUUUCCAUCACCCCGCCCCAUUCUCCCGCUUUCCACCACCCUGCCCCAUUCUCCCGCUUUCCAUCACCCCGCUCCAUUCUCCCGCUUUCCAUCACCCCGGCCCAUUCUCCCGUUUUCCAUCACCCCGCCCCAUUCUCCUGCUUUCCAUCACCCCGCCCCAUUCUCCCGCUUUCCAUCACCCCGCCCCAUUCUCCCGCUUUCCAUCACCCCGCCAUAUUCUUCCUCUUUCCAUCACCCCGCCCCAUUCUCCCGCUUUCCAUUACCCCGCCCCAUUCUCCCGCUUUCCAUCACCCCGCCCCAUUCUCUCGUUUUCCAUCACCCCGCCCCAUUCUCCCGCUUUCCAUCACCCCGCCCCAUUCUCCCGCUUUCCAUCACCCCGCCCCAUUCUCCCGCUUUCCAUCACCCCGCCCCAUUCUCCUGCUUUCCAUCACCCAGCCCCAUUCUUCCGCUUUCCAUCACCCCGCCCCAUUAA